GUCUGUCUGUCUGUCAGGAGCGAAGGCCCCUUCCUCCCACCAGCGCUGCCCCAGCGCGGGGAGAAGCGCGCUCUUUUGGGAACACCGCCUUCCGUAGUGGGCCUGAUACCCAGAUACUUGGUGUGUAAGCGUGGGUUCCCUGAGCUCCAAGGGGAGGGACCUGAUGGAGAUAGUCAGUUUGAGUCAUUCUCCUAAUGUUCGACUGUGUGUCUCUGCAUCUGCUUCCAUCAUCUGCCAGAGAUUUGCUGUACCAUUUUACUUCCCUACCAACAAUGUAUGGAUUGAUCCUCCUUGACAGCAUUUGGUGUUAACACUGUUUUUCAUUUUAGCCAUUCUGAAUAUGGUUUCUAGUUUUAGGGUGUCUGAAUUGCAAGUGUUACUUGGCUUUGCUGGACGGAAUAAAAGUGGACGCAAGCAUGACCUCCUGAUGAGGGCGUUGCAUUUAUUGAAGAGUGGCUGCAGCCCUGCGGUUCAGAUUAAAAUUCGAGAAUUAUAUAGACGCCGGUACCCACGGACACUUGAAGGACUUUCUGAUUUAUCCACAAUCAAAUCAUCGGUUUUCAGUUUGGAUGGGAGUUCCUCACCAGUAGAACCUGACUUGGCUGUGGCUGGAAUCCACUCGUUGCCUUCUACUUCAAUCACACCUCAUUCGCCAUCAUCUCCUGUUGGUUCUGUGCUGCUUCAGGACACUAAGCCCACCUUUGAGAUGCAGCAGCCAUCUCCUCCCAUUCCUCCUGUCCAUCCUGAUGUGCAGUUAAAAAACCUGCCCUUUUAUGAUGUCCUUGAUGUUCUCAUCAAGCCUACAAGUUUAGUUCAAAGCAGUAUUCAACGGUUUCAAGAGAAGUUUUUUAUUUUUGCUUUGACACCUCAGCAAGUUAGAGAGAUAUGCAUAUCAAGGGAUUUUUUGCCAGGUGGCAGGAGAGAUUAUACAGUCCAAGUUCAGCUUCGACUUUGCUUGGCAGAGACCAGUUGCCCUCAAGAAGAUAACUAUCCUAAUAGUUUGUGUAUAAAAGUAAAUGGGAAGCUCUUUCCUUUGCCUGGCUACGCACCACCACCUAAAAAUGGGAUUGAACAGAAGCGCCCUGGACGCCCCUUGAAUAUUACAUCUUUAGUUAGGUUGUCGUCAGCUGUGCCAAAUCAGAUUUCUAUUUCUUGGGCAUCUGAAAUUGGAAAGAAUUACUCCAUGUCUGUAUAUCUUGUGCGGCAGCUUACAUCAGCCAUGUUAUUACAGAGAUUAAAAAUGAAAGGUAUUCGAAAUCCUGAUCAUUCCAGAGCGCUAAUUAAAGAAAAACUUACUGCUGAUCCCGAUAGUGAAAUUGCUACAACCAGUCUUCGAGUGUCCUUGAUGUGCCCGUUAGGAAAAAUGAGGCUGACAAUCCCAUGCCGUGCAGUGACCUGUACACAUCUGCAGUGUUUUGAUGCUGCCCUUUAUCUUCAAAUGAAUGAGAAGAAACCCACCUGGAUUUGUCCUGUUUGUGACAAAAAGGCUGCCUAUGAAAGUCUGAUAUUAGAUGGGCUUUUCAUGGAAAUUCUCAAUGACUGUUCUGAUGUAGAUGAGAUCAAGUUCCAAGAAGAUGGUUCUUGGUGUCCAAUGAGGCCCAAGAAAGAAGCUAUGAAAGUAACCAGCCAGCCCUGUACAAAAAUAGAAAGUUCAAGUGUCUUCAGUAAACCUUGUUCAGUGACUGUAGCCAGUGAUGCAAGCAAGAAGAAGAUAGAUGUUAUUGAUCUAACAAUAGAGAGCUCUUCUGAUGAAGAGGAAGACCCUCCUGCCAAAAGGAAAUGCAUCUUUAUGUCAGAAACACAAAGCAGUCCAACCAAAGGGGUUCUCAUGUAUCAGCCAUCUUCUGUAAGGGUGCCCAGUGUGACUUCGGUUGAUCCUGCUGCUAUUCCACCUUCCCUAACAGACUACUCAGUACCAUUCCACCAUACGCCAGUGUCAAGCAUGUCAUCAGAUUUGCCAGGUUUGGAUUUUCUUUCCCUUAUUCCAGUUGAUCCCCAGCAGUACUGUCCUCCUAUGUUUUUGGAUAGUCUCACCUCACCCUUAACAGCAAGCAGUACGUCCAUCACCACCACCAGCCCCCAUGAAAGCAGUUCUCAUGUUAGUUCAUCCAGCAGCAGGAGUGAGACAGGGGUCAUAACCAGCAGUGGAAGUAACAUUCCGGACAUCAUCUCACUGGACUAAUGGCUGACAUACUUGAUUCUGGGAAUCAUUCAUCAGAACUACCUUUUCUUGGAUAUCUAGUCCAUGGAAGCUAAUUUUUGCAAUUUAAUAUUUAUUGAAAUGUCAGAUGGAUUCUUUGCUUUCUGAGACAUGAACACAGAUGACUCCAGCAAGAACCAGACGAUAAGCAAGAAUUCUCCUUACACUGUACACUGAGCAUCAGAUAGAGUUCUUCUACAAUGGUGUCUUCUUGAGCAGUGAAUUUCAGUUUCUACAUUACUGGAUGGAUUCUACAAACAAUUUUUUGUUACAAUAAACAGCAAUAAAAUUAUGUAAAUACUUAAACUUUUCUAAUUAAAAAAUGUAAUCACUGAUCUAGAAUAACAGCAGCUUCUGUUUAAUCCAAUAUGAAGGAAAAACAGAUGGAAAGAAGUCAUGUUUGCUGAAUGAAUACUUUCUAUAGAGAUUUGUUCUAUUUUGUUGAAGUAAUGAAGUUUCAAUAAGUGGCCAGGACUUGGGGUCUCCUUUUCUUCCUUUGGUUUACUACUCCUCAUGAUCCCUUCAGAGAAAAUGAUCUUUGUGUUGUGUGUUUUUUCUCUUGUCCUUUACACUUUGACAUGACUUGCUGAUACAUGCAGAGUAAAGUGCCGGGGUUUGGUUGCUCGUCAUAUGAUUAUGUCUAAGAACACUAGGCAGAUUUUGUCCUGAUACAAUGUGUUAUUUUUGAUUAUUAUACAUUCUUAUUCACAAAUUUUCUACAAUAUUGAGACUUGGUAUUUCAGAAAGAAAGUCUACAGCAUUUGAAUGAAAUAUGCUUGAGUUAAGAUGUAGCUAGACUAUCUGGUAGAAUUUUCUUUACAGUGUUCAGAAAUAUUUAAUAGUUGGGAGAUACCAGAAUAUAUUUAGGAGAGGUGGAAAUAACUAAAUUCUUUCUAAGAAUUCAAUUUGUUUUAUCUAUUUUAUGGAAUAAUACAGUAUACUUUGUUGCUUGAAACUUUUCACAUUUUAGUGGCACUUAAUGUAGAAAUUAUAUUUAAGAUCUCCGAUCAUAAUUCUUACCAAUGUACUUUCAGUUUCAGCAGUGAUUUUUCAAGUUUAAAGAAAAAUUGGUGGUAAAUGAUGGAGGGUGGUACCAGAUCUCAUUUUCCUAAAAUUUUUUUGUUCUUUUUUUAAAGAAGUCUUUUGUAAAAACACAGUCAUACAAGUUAGAGAUGUUUGAAAUGAAGUGAGGGAAAGGGGCUCAAAGCCCCUUCAAAACUCACCUCUCACUUGGCUGUUCGGUGCACUUUGAAAACUACAGUCCCUCCUACAGUGUGCUUGAGUUGCUUUGAAAGCUGGGCCUCACAUGUAGAAGCUCUCAGCAGUCCUCAUUUCCCUAUGCUUCAUUUGGGUUCCUUAAUUUUUAGUUCUCCAAGAUUUAGUACUUUCUUGAUGCCUAGCUUUCUCUACCUAUGCUAUAUCCAGUUUAAAGCAAAGCUUUUUUUAGUGGCUGCUCUUAAUUUCUCAGAUAAGUUCCAGCGUAAGGACUCUGCUUCCACUCACAACAGGGAUAUAUUACUUUAGAAUUGUCCCUGGUUAGUGUUUUAUCUUCUCAAAUUUUUGUGGCCUUUGUGUGCUUUUUGUAUAAAAUUCCUCUGUAGUUGUCCAUAUUGCCCCUUUUUUGCCUCCAGCACCCCAUGUUGAUGAUCUUUCCUUUUGAUAGGGCUUUUGUAUCAUCAAAGAUAUGGAAAGCAAAGCCAGCCCCUGUGAUCACAGUAGUCAUUGUACCAUGUCACCUGGCUUUACCUUCUUCAGCAGUCCAAAUAGAACAUUUCUUCCUGUAGGAUUUUAUGUUGCUACUGUAAGUACAGAUGCAGUUCCUGUUACCUGUGUAAUUGGAAAAAGUAACCUGGCUUCUGUGGUCUAAUUUGUUAAUAAAGAAGUGAUGCCGAGUUCUCAUCA